GUGGUGGCAUAUCUAAGUGGCCAUGCUCAUUCUUCCGGUUACGCGUACGCCAAUGGCAUUCAUUAUAUCUCAUUCCACGCCAUUAUUGAGACGCCGCCCGAAACUGAAGCGUUCGCCACAAUCGCUGUUUUUGAUGAUCGACUAGAAGUCGAAGGACACGGAACUGAAACCAAUAGGAUUUUGUACUUUAAAAAUAUGAAUAACUUUUCAAAUGAAAGCACUGGUGAUGUAAUCGAAGAAAUAAAUCACGAAGAAUUGGGAGCUAAUCAAACAAUUGAAGUGAAUGUUUAAAAACUAUUCAGUGAAUCUGAUUUCAGAUCAAAUUCACCGACCGAUAGGCCGGACGUAUAUUUGAUGACAAAAUAUUUCUAGACAUAAUUUUAUUCGUUAAUUAAUGUUUUUAUUUUGUUUUAUUUUUAUGUAACUUAAAAUAUAUUUUAGAGAUUACUCGAUAGAAUUGCGAGA